CCAUUAGGCCACAAGGACAUGCAACGUCCAAAGUUGUGUCAAAAUUUAAUGUAUAUCCAAAUUUGUUACCAGCUCGUUCUCAAAUCUUGGGAACACAUCACCUUAGUAAGUUGUGGAAAAUUUGCGAAGAAGGAACAUCACUGGGUGACACAAAUAUGCGUUUUCGAGCUAAAAUAGUGGAAAUAUCAUGUAUACAAAGACUCACACAUGUCUUUUCAACGCUGUCUCGCAUGGCAAAGGUCUGUGUGCUUCUUCUUACCCCGUCUAAAUUGUGUUUCAUUUUUGCUGAAACAGCGGGGUCGUGUGGCGGUGUGUCAAUAUGGAGUGAAUUGACUCAGGAAAAUAUAUUUGACGAAUAUCGUAUAGAAGGUGUGGAUGAAAGCAACAACAUCUUCCUGGAAAUGGUACCAGAAAACCUAUUGAGGGCUAUGAAGUCUGCCACAAAUGCACUGUCUGUUAAAAUAAAGCUUACCAAGAAGCACACUCCAUGUUUGACCUUUGAAAUUAACUUACCUUCUCAAUCAUCACAUUCAAGAAUUGUUAUUCAUGAUGUACCUGUGGGUGUUAUUCCUCAACGAAACUGGGAAGAAUAUGCUGAACCCCAAAUGCCAAACUUUGAUGUCAGUAUUUACAUGCCACAAAUAAAAACUGUCAGAAAUGUUGUUGAAAGAAUGAAAAAUCUCAGUAAUUACAUGACCAUCUCAGCAAACCUUAAAGGAUCAAUGACACUUGGUGUGGACACAGAUAUCGUAACUGUAGAAACUCAUUUCAAAAAUCUUGAUAACCCUAACCUCGAAGGAGAUGACUCAUACAACCAAGACAAAAAGGAAUUGGCUCAGGUUAGAAUUGAAAUUAAGAAGAUCUUAACCUUUCUUCAAAGUCAACAAGUUAGUCCAGACAAGGUUAUAUGUAAUUUUGUGGAUAAUCAAGCUCUACAGUUUUUCUUCAUACAUGAUGACUUGUCGCUACAGUAUUUAAUUCCUGCUGUGUCCAGAUAGCUGAUUUAUAAUAAGUAAUAGUAUUACACUUGGUAGACUUCUAAUUACUAUCUCACUAUCUGUUUUAUUAUGCUCGGAAGGACUGGUAGCUCAUGAAUCACCAAAUGCAUACCUAAUUUACUUAUUAAAAAGGAAGUAAUCUGACCAGAUGUCACAGAAGAACAGAAUGAGAUACAGAAUUAAUAAAAUAAUUUAAAUUCUAACAUACUAAUUAUUUUUUAUAUUAUUGAAUUGUUUUCAUUGUUAUAAUUAUAAUAUAAUAUUUUAUAGUCUUUACAUCCCAUAUUUACCUAAGCUUAAAAAACUCAUACAUAAUUAAUGAGGAUUAGGCCAAAAUGAGCCUAUUUGGUCACAUGCAUGGACCUUUAUAUCUGAKAAAACACUCCUUAUUAAUAUUCUUUAUAUAAAGAAUACUAAUAUUGAUAAGGGUGACCUUUAUCGGAUAUAAAGGUCUAUGACCCUUGCAAAGGUYCUCAGGUUUAAUACCUGAUCAUUGACCAAUGCAGGAUGUCAACCGAUAGCAGUAAAACAGCCAUUAGCUGUUUGCCCCCAUUUAUCAAGACUUUUAACAGCUUUGAGUUUCAAAUUAGUGUUGGAGUCUUUUAAGCCUUCGGCAUUUUUUUUUUGUCUUUUUGCCUUCAGUGCGAAUGUUUAUACCUGAUAAAACACUCUCUCUCGUGUCUUAAACUAUACUUAUUGAAGUCAAGGUUAAUAUAAAGGGCAUUUGCAACCCCAGUUCCUUUUGCAAUGCUUUUCUAACAGGAACUUACUGUAUAUCAGAAAACUCCCACCCUGUCUGUUUUAUUUGUGAAUAAUACAUUCAUUAACUUUAUCAUGUCAUACAGUUGUAAAGAAUUGUUAAAUACUAACUCUCAAAUUAAGGAACCUCAGUUGCCUAAAAUUGUGUUAACUACGUUUUAUAUAAGAACCUGUUUAGGCGACAUCCCUAAAAUGUAGGUUCUUAUAUGCAAGUUUCUACUUUAUACAAAAUAUUAGCUGGGGACCUUUAUAGGCAUUUAAAAAUGUGAGCUGCAAGCAAGCAAAUUUUAARCCUAUAAAAACGAGUGUAUAAAUAAAAAUGAGCCUAUAAAUUUUAAAGCCUAAAAAAUGACUGUAUAAAUAUAUGGAAAUCAAGACAAAUCUCUUUGCUCAUUCGAUGUGGCCACAGCAAUUAUUUUUUAGUGUUUACCUUAUGAAUUAUUAAAUAAUUUGAUAAGGUAUUUUUAACAUGUAUGUUCAUAAUUUUUGAAAAGGGGUGUUGUAUCUUUAUAUAUAUCUUGUCAAUUUUUUGGUGUACAGCAACUUUAAUUAAUCCAUCAUAAUUAUAAAAACUAAAUAGUUCUUAAAAAUUAGUAAAGUAAUUUAAUCUUAAAAGUAGAUGUUAGCACUCAAGCGAAUCAACUUAUAAUGCAAUACUCAGGAGACAUUAAAUACACAAUCUAAUCAAAUUAUUAAGUCAUUCAUUCUUUAUUUCAUCUGUACUGUAAUAUCAAUAAAAAAUGAAAUAACUUGAUCUUGACUGUGUAUUUAAUGUCUCCUGAGUGUUGCACUUUAAGUUGAUUCGCUUGAGUGCUAUCAUCUAUCUUAGUACAAAAUAGUGACUUGUUAAGAACUAUUUAGUUUUUAUUUUACGGAUUAAGCAAGAUUGCUCUAACAUUUGUGCCAGGCUGUGCAAGGUUUGUUAAUCCAUCCAUUUUUCAACAGUUAAAUUGUGAUAGCACUUAAACCGUUCAACUGUGCAAACUAAAUACUAGUGCUAUUUAGUUGCAUUCAGUAAAUCGUGCAUGCGGUGACUUUUAAUCAUCCUAAAUAAACAUAAACACCAUGGCUGAGUGAUGAAUGUCAAGAAUGAUGAUUAAGUUAAGACUGCAUGAACUUCAGGUUGCACUUCAACGAUAAUGGUUGUAAAAUAAAGACACAAGACACAUUUCUAGUGAAUCAAAAUGAAGACACAAGACGCAUUUCUAGUGAAUUAAAAUAAAUUACAAGACACAUUUCAAGUUAAUUACUUGAUGCAUGCCGUCUUAUACUUGAGGUCCACUUUUAGUACAAAUUAGUACUACUUAGAUUUUGUACAGUUGCAUGGUUUAAGUGUGAUACUCUAACUCAUUAAUGAUAUGGAGGGUAGGAAAAAUAUUACCUAUAUCAUAUAAUAAAAGAAGGAAAAAUAAAGAACUUCUGAUAAUAUAACAUUAUCAGUUUAAAGAUCUCAACUUUUAUUGUCCUACAAAAGUACAAUUUCGUUAACUAUACAUGUGUAUAUAAUUGUGAAAAAGUGAAAAACCUUAUUUAGGAAAAAGAUAAAUGUCUUGGAAAGGACAUCUUACACAAUAUAAAAUAUUCUCAUUGAUGUAUUCGGUUAUUUAUCCUGACAAGAUGACUUUCACAAAGUCUGCAAUAAAAAAAGAAAGUAUGAGCUGAAA